UAUUCCUAAAAAAUAACAAAUUAUUUUAGAGAUAAACGAGUAUACCUUGAUUCAGAUUCACUCACUCUGGUUAGUGCAAUCAAUUCAGAACCCUAAUCAGAGAUUUGAAGAACCAAAACCCAUCACCGUCUUCGUCAACUCUUUCUCCCAUCGUGAAUCGCUGAGCUGUGAACGCACGCGCCUUGGCUUCGUUCACUUUCUGCGAUUCCUCAAGGUUUUGGAAGUUCAAACAAUUCUGAUCAAGAUCCAAGUUUGCUGUCUUUGUUUCUAGAUUUCUCUUUACCAUCCAUGGCAUAUCCCUUCUCAGAUUUCAAGUACUCCGAUGGCCUCACUGUAGUGGGUAUCUCCUUCUGUACAGCUAUUGUUUGUGAGGCCAUCUCAUGGGUUCUCAUUUACCGCACAAAUUCUUACAAGAACCUUCGGUCCUCUAUCGACAAAGCUUCCAAGAAACUUGAGACUAUGAAGACAGACAGCAACAAAAUCAACAUUAAGAAGUCGAAGACCAAAAAAAUUGACCGUGUUGAGACUAGCCUCAAAGAAUCUAGCCGUGACUUGUCUCUCUUCAAGUUUAAAUCCGGUGGUGUGGUUGCUCUGGUUCUCUUUGUGGUAUUUGGGCUGCUCAAUUCGCUAUUUGAAGGCAAGGUAGUUGCCAAAUUGCCAUUCAAGCCUUUUGGGCUUGUUAUGAAGAUGAGCCAUCGAGGAUUGCAAGGUAAUGAUCCCACUGAUUGUUCCAUGGCAUUUCUAUACUUCUUGUGUUCCAUUAGUAUCAGAACAAAUUUGCAGAAGUUCUUGGGUUUUGCACCGCCAAGGGGUGCAGGUGCUGGUCUCUUUCCAAUGCCAGACCCAAAGACCAGUUGAUCUAGUUCUGUUAUGUUAAACAUUUUAUCUCGCUAUUUUUAGGUUGAUGUUAAUCUGUAACUGCAUAACUUCAAUCAUUUAUAUUUUAUUCCUUUCUCUUAGGGAGACCAGCAUGAUUUUAAUUGUUAUAACUGAUAAGUCAAUUUAAGUUUUAUGAUGGUUAUUUGGUUGUUUUUAA